CCAAAACCCGAGCAGUGCUAGCAACCGUGUUUGCCGAAACCACGAAAGUAUGAAAUGAUUAUCAGUUUACAGAGCAGUAAUAUUGCUGAUCUCAGUGAGUGACGACAUUACCAUGCAUACCACAGAAGUUGGCGCCAGUAACGUUCCCGCGUUUUUAGUUAAACUAUGGAAACUUGUCGAAGACGAGAAAUGCAACGACUUGAUCAGCUGGAGCUCGAAUGGCCAAAGCUUUAUAAUACACAACCAGAUACAGUUUGCCAAGGAACUUUUGCCACUCUACUUCAAGCACAGCAACAUGGCAAGUUUCAUCAGGCAGCUCAACAUCUAUGGCUUUCGCAAACUGCCAAACAUAGACCAGGGCCUGAGGUCAGAGCGAGAGGAGAUAGAGUUUUUUCACAACUUCUUCAUCCGUGGUCAAGAAUGUCUACUUGAGUUCAUCAAGCGAAAGGUUCCAUCCAGCAGGGCUGGGGGUCAGGGUCCUGAAGAUGGACAGGCUCGCAAUGAGGUCCUCAAGGAACUACUUACCAAUGCAGGCAACAUGCAGGAUCGCCAAGAGCGGAUGGACCAACUGCUUGCCGACAUGAAAAAAGAAAAUGAGGCUCUCUGGCGGGAAGUGGCCCGGCUGCGCCAGAAGCACAUGAAGCAGCAGCAGAUUGUCGAGAAGCUCAUCCAGUUUCUUGUCACCAUGGUGCAGGCCAACCGCAACAUUACUGUAAAGCGCAAGAUGCCACUGAUGCUACAUGACAGUCCCAGCUCCGCCUCCAAGAUGCCCCGACUGACCAAGGGUGCCUUUGUUACCGACUACCAGGUCACUUCACCUGGAAGUUCCCAGUAUUCUGAGGGCCCUGUAAUUCGUGAUGUGACUGACCUGAUGGAAGAGCUUGGCGAGACAGGCAGCACCGUUACUGCUGAGCCAACGACUGCUGCCCAGUCCCCGAGGCCUGUUAUGGUGGCUACGCCUUUGACACCUACACAGUCGUCGGCUUCACCAGCAGUCUCUGGUGACUUGGAUGCUGUUCCUGUAGUGUCCAGUCCCCUUAGUGUCACGGAUGCUAUGGAGCCUCUGUGUCUGCUCGAACCUUUACAGGAUGCUCAGAGUUCUGACGUGCUGCCAUGUGGUAUUGAAGAAGUCGUGGAUUCAUCUGACCCUAGUCCACGAGAACCACAUGUAGCCUCUUCUAAAGGUCUUGAUGUACCUGUUAUAAAGGCUGCACAGGUUGCGACACCUGGUGCUUCCGCCGUCAAGCUGGUCACUUCUCCAAUCUCUGCAUUUCCUUCAUCUAACUUGGUUGGUGAGGAAGACCCAUCACUACUUGGUGACAAACAGACCACCAAUAGCACUUCAGACCUGCUGAGUAGCUGUGUCAUGUUGGAAGACCUUCCCAAUUUUACAAGCAGUGCGAGAUCACCUGCAGCUGUUUCCCCAUCAACCGUUGCUGCCCCGAGCACUGAGCUCGCAACAGAGGAGAGUGUCAGCCGGAAGGAAAGUGCUGCAGCGUCACCACCAAGCCUAGGAAUGCAAGUGGCACUGCAAGACAAGACUUCUGGCACCACAAAGAUUUUUGCAGAUCAUGUCGAAUCCAUAGAUUCUGACCUGGACUGGCUGCAGGAUCAGCUGUCGGGUGGAGGGCUGAGCUUGGACACUUCCACACUCAUGGGGGUAUGUCCUGAGUGGACAGGGCUUCUCUUGGGAUCCUCAAAGUUGUUCUCUCCAGAAGACACUUUGGCAUCUCGCUUAGGAGACUUGACAACUGAAAAUAGAUCAUCAGAUGCUAUUGGUAAUGAGUUAGUGCAGUAUACACCAAGCCUCCUCGACCUGGGCAUUGAAGAAAGCUCUUCAUUCCAGCCUGUCAGUGAAUUCCUGCUGUCUGAUGAUGAUGAACUCCCAAGCAGUGCAGCUGCACUGAACUCUGUCACUGGUGAAUCCUCAGUCCCAAGGCCCAGCUCACUGGUUACAUCUGAACAAAGUCCAAGUGCACAAUCUGCAUCCCCCUCCCUCCUGUUUCAAGGAAACCAAAGAUCAGUUGUGCAGACUGAAUCCCAGUUGGCUGGUAAGAAAGGAACAUCAUCAGGCAGGAAACGUCGUGGAGGUAGCAAGAAGUGAAUGGAGUAUGGUCUCCAUAGGAAAGAAGUAGACAUGCUAGCCUUAUGGCUGGCAACCAGUGUGCUAGCAUGUUGUGAUUCUGGUUGGUUGUGAGUCUGUGUGUGCAUCAGCACAUAAGGAGUAUAUUCCAGCCAACACAGAAUCCUGCAAUACUGCACUGUAAACAAUGCAAACAACAGCAGUGGGCACGUCACAAAAUUGUGAUGGCAUGGCUGAACAAGGCUAGUUCUAGAAUGCAUCGAAUGCAAAGCACACUAAAAUUAAGCACAGAUCAAAUUUGGAGCUAGCCACCCCUUGUUGUGGAUAGCCAUUGUGGAUUAGGUUCUGUGAAAUGAAAAUGGUGGUUUCCACAGAGCCUAAAGAGGAUGCAUGUCAUACUGAAGUAGAAAGGGACAAGCAGCCGAGAUUGAUAUGCAGUGACCUGCACUUCCGUUGAUGUUCAAGGCUGUGAGCUCGGACAAAAAGAUAAUAAAACAAAUGCGUCCCAAAGUGCCA